AUGAGUGGCGAGGCCCCAGCAUCUCCUGAAACACAGAAGCAAAUAGCAGCGUGGAAGAAAUUAAAAGAUGUAUACAGUUCUUACGCCGGCACUCAUAUCAUCAACCCUCCUCAGUACCCCAAGGGACCAGACAUCCAUACUCAAGUGAAGCUCGGCGACCCCUUGACCGAAGACAAUGCGAUUCUUGCCCGUCGCCUCUGGGAAGGACCUGAUACUCAUCUCGGCAACGCCUGGCAAGCCAACACUGACCGACAAUACCCACGGGCUAAGGAUGACCCAGAUCUUAUGCAUGUGUUGGCAAACAAUGUGUAUGAGCAUCUGAUGAGCAACCCGUAUCUCCCAGUCUCGCGCGCAGAUGCCCUGAACAAUUGGAAGAAGGAGAAGCUUGAUGUGACCUACGAUGGCGUGAAAGGAUUGGCUCCUUUGCGAGGCAACAUCUUCGUGAACGGUGCCGACCCUUUGAGUAAAUCGAAGGACCACUGGACAAUAGCAAAGAUCAAGACAGAGCUCAAGGCCAGAGAUGUUCCUUUUGACGACAAGGCGAAGAAGACUGAUCUCCAAAGGCUUCUUCACGAGUUCGAACUUGACCAGAAAGUCGGGGUGUAUAAACGCAGCAAGCUCACUCACUGGGGUAUAGAUCGCCCGCACACCCAUGUCAUCACACCUGCCAGGACUAAAACCCUGUCGGCGCUUGAUAUGUACACUGCAGCAAUUAGUCUGAGUCCCUACAAUCCCACCUACUGGGUCAGCCGCGCAUAUUGCCACUAUUUGCAGGGCUUCUUCGACCUGGCCAUUGGGGACGCCUACCGCGCCCAGCUUCUUUGUGAAGUGUUGACAUUGUCACUCAAAAGAAAUCUACGCCCGGGACUCUACACUCGGGUCUGGGAAGCAAUCCAAUUGCAUCUCUUGGCAGGAUGGAAACCGAAGAGCAAUCCACCCCCAGAGGUCCUUCUAAUGAGGAAGGCCAAUGGUAUCAACUAUUUCAUCCCAACACUGAGAAACGCAAUCGAUAACAUAAUCUGUCUCAGCCUUGCAGCAAUGAAUUGUUGGGAUGAUUUCAAUGUCUACAUGGAAGAGCACCACAAACGAGGCCUGCUUGCCCAGCGGGAUGCCGAUACGCCCAUGCAACGCAAGAACGCAGUCCAAUCCAUCAUCAAUGAGCUGAAUGAACGAAGGCUCAAGCCACCCGAUGACCGUCAGCCUCUUUAUGGACACGAAUGGAUGCGGGGAUGGACAUCGGGUGAAACGCGAUACCCCUAUGAAUCCCAAGACGUGAAUCGUGAAGCUGCAUCAUUCACGGCGGCCUUGAACAGGAACGUUUUCACCGUCAGCGCACAUGCCAAAGUGGGAGCAGGGUUGUGCGAAGUGAGACCAAUCAAGCUCCCAGAUGGAAGUUCUGGUGGACUAGGAGUCUUCGCCAAUGCUGCAAUUGCAGCAGGGACAAUUAUUCAUUACGAGGAGCCUGUCAUCCGUGGACAUCUACAGCCUAAUGUCCUGGGAGAUGGUCAAGUACCUCGCCCACAUAUUGUGCCACGAUGCGAUAACUGCAAACAGCCUAUUCCGAAAGAGGACGGUGGUGACCUCGCUACUACACAGUUCUGUGCUAAUAACGCGGGAAAGGAUGCGGCCCGCAACGCCAAAUCCUGUGCGAAUUUGGCAGCCGAGAUAUAUGCGUUUCCCGAGUUCGAGAAUUGCCAAUGGAAGUGGCUUCACGAUGCCAUGCGAGCCAAUAUAACAAAAAUCGAUGACGGGGAUUUCUUCACAGCUCACAAUGAGCAACAUGGCACUGUGCUGAGUUUACUGCUGAAGAGCGUGCUUGAAAUCACGCUCCAUCGCCGCCAAAGCAACCCUGAUCUCCAGCCACACGAGAUCGAUGAACUACUGUUGCUCGAGAACGGGGCUGAUGCCAAUCAGCCAUGGGGAGACAAUUGGUUCCCCUUCACCAUGGCUGGCAACAUCCGCGUACCUUUUGACAUCCUCUCUGCGCUUGGAGUCGACAUCUUCCGAGAUCUCUCAUUCGACACUUGGUCCCUUCAAAUCGUGCUACGGAAGCUGCUCAUCAAUGCCGUACCGUGGGAUCUUGCACGGCGAGCCAAGAAUGACAUAUUCACCAAAGACGAUGGGAUUAAGCAAGUGCCCUCCGGAGACGAGCAAAACAAAAUGAAAGAGGGCAAAGAAGACUUUGCAGCAUUAGAGCCAUCGCUUUCAGAUCUGUAUCUCUUCCCUGGACUGAGCAUGUUCAACCAUGCCUGUCGCCUUAGCGAGAAUGCAACCUGGGGAUUCCACACCACUGUUCCGAAUCGUGUGGUAGUCUACGCGACCAAAGCUAUCGCCAAGAACGAUGAAAUUCGAGUUCCGUACCUGAACACAAGCCUCCCUGUUGAAGCCGGUGGUGCGACAAAUGGUGAUGCCGUCCGACUAUUUGGAAAGAACUGCAAUUGCGUCCAGUGUCAAGGCGUUGCAUCCGGGGAGGCGGCCGCCAUCGCAUUGAAAGGAAAACCGGCUCCAAAGCCAAAGCCAAGACCAGUGAAGCUAGCCUCGAAUCCGGUAGCCUCCAAGAAAGCAGUCCCCAAGAAAGCAACCCCAAAGAAAGCAGGUCCCAGGCCACCACCAGCAAAAGCUCCAGCUCCAGCUCCAGCUGUGGCCCCAAGGGCAAAGGCAAAGGCAGCUAAGGCACCCCCGAAAAAGGUUUGUGGGAUGCAAUUCGCCGCCGUGAAGCCACGCAAGCGAGCUUUGAUUCGAGUUGCAGAGAAUGAUCCAUAUGCAACUGGGACCACCUUAUCUGAAUUUGGGACUGUAUUAGGUUCUGGGUUUGGAGCCGGUGCUAACUCUGCUGUCCAGGCUAUCAUCGGUGGAGGUACCAUUGACUUGACAGGCGGAGCUACAUCCCUAGAGGAGGAAUUACCAGACGCUACCUCGAAUGAAUCGAUGGAAGGCCCUACUUCGAAUGAAUCGAUGGAAGGCCCUACUUCGAAUGAGUCGAUGGAAGGCCCUACUUCGAAUGAGUCGAUGGAAGGCCUUACCUCGAAUGAGUCGAUGGAAGACCCUACCUCGAAUGAGUCGAUGGAAGACCCUACCUCGAAUGAGUCGAUGGGAAACUCUACUUCGAAUGAGUCGAUGAAAGACCCUUCCUCAAAUGAGUCAAUGAAAUAUGCUUACUCGAACGGAUCAACCAAAGACGUUGAAAUGAGAGACGCCACCUCAAAUGAGUCGAUGAGAUAUACCACCUCGAGCAACUCAAUAAAAGACGUUGAAAUGAGAGACGCCAGCUCGAAUGGGUCGACAAGAGUGGCUCACCCGGGCUGGCCAGUGAAGAAUGUCGAAAUGGAAAACGCUGGCUGGGUUGAACCAAUCAAGAGGAAGCCGAAGUAUGAUGAGGAUUACGAUAAUUACGAAGAAGAAAAUUCCGAUGAGUGGUAUGAGGAGGACUCCGAUGAGGAAUAUGACGAAGACUACGAGGAAGAAGAAUAG